AUGUCGUGGUGCCACGAGGAAAAGAGCGCGGCCCGAGAGGAGAGGGACCGCGAAAGCGAGCGUUUCUUCAGCGACGACGACAGCGACGAGGAGCUGCGAGAGCGCGUUGACUCCACGGGCCGGCCCUUGAAUCGGGGGCUGAAUAUCCGGCCUUUAGGGCAAGUGGAUCAGGAUACAAAUGAGGGGAAUUCGAAGCCAGUUGCUGUGAGGCCAUUGGAAGUUGAGAGACCCAGUUUUAUCGGCGCAAAUCUGCGGAUAAAUCAGCAGUCGGUGCAAGCCGGACAAGAGGCGUUGAUUGAGACGAUCCGAACUACCGUUCCACCCAGAUUCGAGGCCAAUCCAGGCGGAUCAGCGGCUGAGAAUUCGAAUUUGAGCCAAAAUCAGGCGAAUUUGGGGGGAACUCAACAAAAUCAGCAGUCAUCUGCAUCCAAUCAGGCUGUCGCUCCUUCCGCUUUGCCUACAGUUCAGACUAGCCUUACUGGUGUUGCUGGUUCACAAAUUUCGCAAAACCUGCCCUCAGGGCAAGUGGCUCAGCCAGUUGUUUUCGCAGCGCCGGCAGUUCAACAAUUUCAAUUCCCAGCGGCGGCAGGGCAGCCUUUUGGGCUAGGUGCUUCUGCAGCACAGCCUGAAGAUGUACCACAACUUUCGUAG